AUGGCGGAUAGCGAGAGUGAAUCUUUAGAGAUUCCUUCCCCUUUAACUCGUGAACAAUAUCAAAAUAGGAUCGAAUCCCUUCAACAGCAGAUUCGUGUGAUGAAAAUUGAACUAGAGACUUGCAAGAUGAGAGUUAAAACUCUACAGGAAGAGAAUAAAGAGUUAAAAAGAGCAAGUGUUAGUAUUGUUUUAGAAUUGGCAGGCAAUGCGAGUAAGGAUCUGAAAGUGAAGAGAAUUACUCCUCGUCAUCUUCAGUUAGCAAUUCGUGGGGACGAAGAGUUGGAUUCUCUUAUAAAAGCCACUAUAGCUGGUGGUGGUGUCAUUCCACAUAUCCACAAAUCUCUCAUUGGAAAGAAAGGAUCACAGAAAACACCAUAG